UAUUGGUGUGGCGGUGUGAUGCCGCCAUCGUAAGUGCUGGAAUUGAUCCUGGAAGCCACGCCUCUCUUAUGACGUUUACACCCCUGAUUAGUGCAGCAAUCUUCUGCAACGAACCAAUGAAUGGAAACGGCACAUGAAGGCGCCUGACGGCAAAUUACCAUGACGACCAUUACCAAAACAAAUAAACACAAAUACACACAUACACACACCGCACACACACGCACACACAAAUACACUGCGACCACAAAGAUUUCCCUACAUUAAUAUUUGUUUUUGUGAUUUAUUUCUCCACUUUUCCUCUUUAGACAAUGGCUCUUUUUCAAAAAUCCACUCUUGAGAAUCGUUCAUGGGGUGAUCUCAUGGACGAAUUGGACAAUGAGAUGGAGAAUCUCCAACCUUUCUGCAUAUAUGAUCCCUGGAGCAUGAAUACAAUCAGCCAGGUGGAGGAGCAGAAGGUUGAGGAGCAGCAGGUGGACAAGCAGAUGGUGAAGGAAAAGAAGGUGGAGAAACAAAAAGAACAGGCUGAAGUCCAGCAGCAGCCUGCUCGCACAAAUAAACCCCCUAAAGAACGCCUCAGCAAGAACACCAAGUCAGUUACACUGCUGCUGAGAAAUCUGGACUGCACUGUGGAUGACAGGAACCUUUAUGAAGUGUUCCUGAGAUUUGGGACUGUUCUCAAUGCACAGGUCAAUAUGGAGAACGGGCGAUCAAAAGGCAUUGGGUAUGUGACAUUUUCAUCUCCCGACGAGGCUCGAGCAGCCAUCGUGAAGAUGAACGGCAGGGUGCUGGGCAGCAGGCCGGUGUACGUAAGUCCCUCUCAGACCACCCAGGGACGAAGUCACGGCAUGAAGGUGGAAACCAUCUCGCCUUCGAAACCCUGCCCAGACCCCAGACCCAAUGCCAACAAGAACAUCCAUCCACAGAAUUCAGUUCCAGAUCUUGGAAAAACAAAUCAGCAGCAGUGGAACAGGCAGUCCACACCGCAGCCCCUCGGACUGGACACCCAGGAAGUCGAACUGUUCGUAAAGAACCUCGACUACGGUGUGGAUCAAAAUCGACUGCGUGAUUUGUUCUUGCCACAUGGAAACCUCACCAGCGUGAAGGUGGUACUACACAAUGGACGAUCCAAGGGCAUUGGAUUCGUCCGAUUUUCCUCUCUUGAUGAAGCCAAUAAUGCCAUCAGAGAGUUAAAUGGAAAGCUGGUGAGCGGGAGGCCACUAUGCAUCACUAUGGCUAAACAGUGGACAGGGGGCAGCCGUCCCACCAAGCCCUACCUUCAUCCGUCCAGAAACAUGCAGUGGUUCCAUCCACAGCGUCAUCGCUCUGUUGGACUGUUCUCCUAAAUUAAUUUAAAACAAUUUUGUUUUUUAUUUAAAUAAAUAUUUUUAUAUUUUAAAGAAAUUGUCAGAAUCUUUUUUACUGUAAAUAAAUGUGUAAAUAACCAA